AUGGUUCUGUGCUUUGUUCAAGAUGGCUAUACUACUGAUGACAUUGAGUUUUACUGGAAUGGAGGAGAGGGAGCAGUAACCGGAGUAAAUAAAAUUGAGCUUCCUCAGUUUUCAAUUGUCGACUACAAGAUGGUGUCCAAGAAGGUGGAGUUCACAACUGGGUCAUAUCCACGACUAUCACUAAGUUUCCGUCUAAAGAGAAACAUCGGUUACUUCAUUUUGCAGACCUACAUGCCUUCCACACUGAUUACAAUUCUGUCCUGGGUGUCUUUUUGGAUCAACUAUGAUGCUUCUGCAGCCAGAGUCGCACUAGGAAUCACCACGGUGCUGACAAUGACAACCAUCAGCACUCACCUCAGGGAGACCCUGCCAAAGAUCCCGUACGUCAAAGCAAUUGAUAUUUACCUGAUGGGUUGCUUUGUGUUUGUGUUCCUGGCUCUGCUGGAAUACGCCUUUGUAAAUUACAUCUUCUUCGGAAAAGGCCCCCGGAAAAAGGGAGCUGGCAAACAAAACCAGAGUGCCAAUGAUAAGAACAAACUGGAGAUGAAUAAAGUCCAGGUCGACACCCACGGCAACAUUAUCCUCAGCACCCUGGAGAUCAGGAACGAGACGAGCGGCUCGGAAGUGCUCACGGGCAUGAGCGACCCCAACACCACCAUGUACUCUUACGACAGCGCCAGCAUCCACUACCGCAAGCCCCGGGCCACCCGCGAGGCCUACGGGCACCCGCUGGACCGCCACGCGCACGGCAAGGGGCGCAUCCGCAGGCGCGCCUCGCAGCUCAAAGUCAAGAUCCCCGACUUGACUGAUGUGAACUCCAUAGACAAGUGGUCCCGAAUGUUUUUCCCCAUCACCUUUUCUCUGUUCAACGUCGUGUAUUGGCUUUACUAUGUACACUAAGGUCUGUCCUAAGGGUUCGGAAACGACUGCUUUCCUCCUUUGAGUUUUAACCCCACAGGUCCCCAGCAGCGAGACUGCUGUGUUUUUGAGGUAAGAGAUUCAGCCAUCUAAUUGGUUUUAGGUCUUGCAUAUCAAUUUUAUUACUGCACCAUGUUUACUUCAAAAAAGGAAAACAACAACACUAUUUUUUUCCAGUCUACUGUGGUCCAGGUUAUCAGCUCUUUCGAGCUCUGUAAUUGCCAUGUUUACAAACACCCACGAAGAGAGACGUUAGGUAGGCAGCUCUUGAGCAGUCCUUCCUAGUUGCCCUGGAUUUUAUUGCUUCAUUUUUAAAAUAAGAAUGAAAAGAGGGCCUAGUUCUCUGUGCAAGCUGCUUCCUGGUAAACUGUAACAGUCUCAUACUGCCAAAAA